AAAAUCUUUAGCCCUGCGAGUUAUGAACUCCGAAGGAUCCUCUCUUUCAGCACACAUAUCCAAGGUAAAUCAAUUAGAUUAGGAAUUGUACUGUGCUCAUAACUCUUUUUGACUCCAAACUCGGUCUCUCUCUCUCUCUCUCUCUCUCUUUUUUUUUGGGGGCGGUAUAACAGGCCAAACGCCUAAAAUCAACAGUCUAUCAACAUGUCCAGUACCGCAUCCCUUCCCUCUGAAUUCAAAGGACUUGGUUUGCAAGAUAUACCUAGGUCAUGUCUUUCCAUGGUACUCGGCAAAUCCAAAGGAGACUGGAGCAACCUUCCCGCCGAGCUUCUGGAUGCAAUUCUAAGACAGGUAUUUCUUCUUCCAGACUAUAUCCGAUUUGGAGCUGUUUGCAAGUCCUGGCGAUCCAUUAUGGUUGAUCAAAAACCACAACGCAUUGCAUCAAUUCAUAAACAGCCCCCCAUGCUUCUGAUCGCCAAACAGCAUGAUUACUUCCACAACGCUCCAAAUUCAAUCUCGUUCAAGCUGUACAGCAUCGUCGAAGAUAAAGUUUACGAUCCGAAAAUCCACGUUCCUUGUUUUCCUUCAUGUAUUGAUUUCAGUUCUUCCCAUGGUUGGUUGAUUUUAUUCGUGGGAUUCUAUGGUUGGCUCAAACUUGUCAACCCCUUUACCAGAAAGAUGAUGAAAAUUCCUUGCAAUAAAUCCUGUGAUUUUACAAAGGUUAUUUUGUCUUGUGACCCUACAACUUAUCCAAAUGAUUUCGUCCUCGCAGCAGUGUCUGGUGUUGCUUGUGGUUCUCUUUCCCAGAUUUUGGCCUUUAUCAAAGUGGGUGAAAAAUCUUGGACUUUUCUUGCAAACCCAAAGUUUCCGAGGGAUGAAAUCAGAGACCUUAUUUUUCACCAAGGGCUGUUUUAUGUCCUUUUGGAAAGGAAUCAGCUUGUGGCAAUUGAUUACAAGGGAGAUGGAUUGGCCACCAUAGUUGAAAUCCUACCUGAAUGCACCACUCUGCGCCAACCCGAUCUUUUUGACGGUAGAUUUCACAAGGGAUCUCGUAAACUUUCUACUGGGCGUUAUUUGGCAAAUGCUUCCAACGGGGAUCUAUUAUUCUUUGAAAGAAUUAGGCGCGUCUCCAAAAAGAACAGGAACAAGGUUUCAUGGAUCUUUGAUGUUUACAAGCUCAGCGAGCAGGCCUCUAGAUGGGUGGACAUUACCGAAUUGGAAAACAAUGAUUCCAUAUUUUGGGCCAUGCAUCCUGACACAGGCAAUUGCAUCUCGGUGGUUUCAGUUCCCUAUCACUCCAACCCGAAUUCCAUAUUUGUCACCCACCGUCUUGGACAGAAACGGAAGCAGGAGGAUUUGUUGAUGUUGGGUAGUCAAGAAAGCAUUGGCGUAUUUAGCAUGAAAGAUGAGACAUUCCUUAGUGAUCUCCAAACAGAUUUCAACGGCGAUGUGAUCGUCUGGAUAACUCCAACCUUACAAUAAUUGGCUCGGCCACCUUUGCCACAGAUGAGAGAUUGUAGAUAGACAGAGAGGGCACGAGGGGUUAUUGAUGUGUUUUGAUAGAAUGUUGUUGAACUCAGCAGACCUCUUGAAACUUCCCAUCUUUCGAAUUGUGCUGUUUGAGCCUACACUGAAUCUAUAUCCUCAUCUUACUUUACGAUUUCUUGAUUUUAUGUACCUAUUUAAUUCUUUGAAUAUCCUCAAUUUUACUCUUUUAUUCAAAUGGUUGAUAUGACCAGGACGAAGAUAUUUUACAUAUUCAUGGAUGUACCUUUUAAGUUGUUUCCCAUUAAAUC